AUGGCGGACCUGGCGGAGAGCACCGCCAAGCUCCAGCUCGACGAGGAGACGGGGGAGAUGGUCUCCAAAGCCGAGCUCAAGAAGCGACAGAAGAAACGCGAAAAGGCCAAGGCUAAGGAGGCCGCAAAGACUGAGGCCAAGGCCAAUGAAAAAGAGAAAGACAAGCCGGCCCCCAAGCCUAAGGCGAAUGUCGACGAAGUUAUCGACCCCAACAACAUGUUCAAGACGGGGUUCCUUGACGAUGUCUUCAAGAUCCGGCCCAUGAAGCCCGUCUUCACGCGUUUCCCCCCUGAGCCGAAUGGCUUCCUCCAUAUCGGCCACGCCAAGGCCAUCGCCGUCAACUUUGGCUUUGCACGGUACCACGGCGGCGAAUGCUAUCUCCGCUACGACGACACCAAUCCCGAGGCCGAGGAGCAGGUGUACUUCGACGCCAUCCUGGAGAUGGUGGAGUGGCUCGGCUUCAAGCCCUACAAGAUCACCUACUCGUCCGACAACUUCCAGAAGCUGUACGACCUCGCCGAGAAGCUGAUAGGGCUCGAGAAGGCAUACGUCUGCCAUUGCAGCGACUCCGAGAUCAAGCUCCAGCGCGGCGGCGAGAAGGGCACUGCCGGCCCGCGAUACCGCUGCGAGCACGCCGAGCAGACCGUCGACGAGAACCUGAAGAAGUUCAGGGACAUGAGGGACGGAGUUUACCCGCCUCAGGCCGCCUUCCUUAGAAUGAAGCAGGACAUAACCGACGGAAACCCUCAGAUGUGGGAUCUUGCCGCUUACAGGGUUCUCGAUAAACCUCACUAUCGUACCGGCGAUACUUGGAAGAUUUAUCCUACCUACGACUUCACACACUGUCUCUGUGAUUCAUUUGAGGGCAUCACACAUUCUCUUUGCACUACGGAAUUCGUCCAAAGCAGAGUAAGCUACGAAUGGCUAAAUAGUACACUGGGGGUCUAUGAGCCGAUGCAGCGCGAAUACGGUCGACUGUCGAUUAGUGGCACUAUCCUCUCGAAGCGCAAGAUCCUGAAGCUCGUGUCCGAGAAGAUUGUGCGAGGAUGGAACGACCCCCGCCUCUUUACGCUGAUUGGUAUCAAACGUAGAGGUGUCCCCCCGGGCGCUAUUCUGGAGUUCGUGAACGAGCUCGGCGUCACCACAGCCAAUUCCAUCAUCGAGAUUAAGCGCUUCGACCAAGCCAUCCGGAAAUACCUGGAACGCACGGUACCGCGGCUGAUGCUUAUCUUGGACCCCGUCCGUGUGGUCAUCGAGGAUUCGGAUGACUUGGAUGGGAAGACUCUCACUGUUCCCUUCAGCCCGAAAGACCCCAAGAUGGGUUCUCACGACGUCACCUUCACGAAAACCAUUUACAUCGACCGCUCGGACUUUCGGGAGGAGGCGGACCCGUCAUUCUUCCGCCUAGCCCCUGGAAAGACUGUUGGGCUCCUCCAAGUCCCGUAUCCGAUCAAGGCGGUAUCAUUCACCAAGGAUGAGGCGACCGGUAAAGUCACCGAGAUUCGGGCGGCGUUUGACCGCGAGGUGAAGAAGCCCAAGGCCUACAUCCAAUGGGUCCCGACGGAGGCGGCCGGCACGCGGAAGGCGGAAGUCCGGAUCUACAACUCGCUGUUCAAGUCGGACAACCCGAACGACGCGCCGGGCGGGUUCCUGAACGACAUCAAUCCGGAAAGCGAGGUCGUCUACCCCGACGCCUUGGUUGAGUCCGGCUUCGACGAGGUCAGGAGGAGGGCGCCUUGGCCGGAGGCGGCGGGCGAAAGCGAGCUCGGGAAGGGCGGCCCCGAGAGCGUCCGCUUCCAGGCGAUGCGGAUCGCGUAUUUCGCGCUGGAUUCCGACUCGACCGACGACCGCAUCGUUCUGAAUCGGAUAGUAGCCUUGAAGGAAGAUGCGGGAAAGAGUUGA